UGUGGCCCGCUAUUUGUAAAAGUAUAUUUGAUUCGAUCUCGUUUGCUGCGUGAGAACGGUCGUUUCCUACCGAAGGCGUCGUUUUAUAUGCGCAAAAACUUUUUGGGUGCCGAUGAAAGUGGUUUCUUUACAAAGGCAAUGGAGAGGCCAUCACAAAUGCAAAAUCCGAUGGCUGACCCAACGAUGAUGACCGAUAUGUUGAAGGGUAAUCUUUUGAACGUGUUACCGAUGAUUGUAAUCGGUGGAUGGAUCAAUUGGACAUUCAGUGGUUUUGUUACAACUCGAGUGCCGUUUCCGCUCACUUUGAGAUUUAAACCGAUGUUGCAGAGGGGUUCGUUUCAUUCGUUUACUUCAAUCUUUUUGAUGAGAUUCAUUUUGUGUUUUCGAACG